AUGAUUCAAGCAACGACUUUGGAAGAAAUUAAAAGACUCAUAAAAUGUAAUGACUUAGAGGCCCUUGAUUCUGUUUUGUCUACUACCAGGGGAAUAACUGCCUCUGAUCUCGAAGAGCUUAUCAAGCUGUCUGAUUCCAAGAGGAUCCAAGCCCUUAUAAGGACCAGACAUCUAGAAAUUAUAAAGAAGAGCGCAAAUGAGAAAGAGAUGGGAGAAGAGAUAUCUUCCGGAUCAAGGGAUGAUGCCGAUCCUUCUUCAGCCCUUGAAGAGGUGGCAACAGGUGAGUCACAAAAGGAUAGGUCUAUUAAAAUGUUCUUCGAAGCUUUUAAGACAUCUAUUUCUGAUUGCAGCAAUAGAUAUGCCGCGCUGCUUGCAAAGCAGAUAACCAAUGAAAUAUUUGAGCGAAAUUCAGCAGAUAUUGCAAAGCUUGUACGAAGCAAGUGUUUGAACUUGAAGGAUAAAAACAACCCAGUUCUUUGUAGAAUGGUUUACGAUGGAGAGAUUUCUCCUUCGAGAUAUGUUGACAUGACAUCGGAAGAAAUGAAAAGUGAAAGUUUACGGAACGAAGAGGUUAAGAUGAUAGAAGUUAGUCUCUAUGAGUGUCAAAUCCCUACCCAGAAGGCCGAAACGGAUAUGUUCAAGUGCAAUAGGUGUGGAGAAAGAAAGUGCUCCUAUAGACAGCUACAGACAAGGUCUGGAGAUGAACCUAUGACUACUUUUGUAACUUGUGAAUGUGGGAACAAAUGGAGGUUCUGCUGA